CCUACUCUUCUUCGAUCUUGCUCCAUUGGUGGUGGUGUUUGUUUGCUUGGAGUGUUUGGUGUCGCGGUUUCUCUCGUUCUUGUCUUCGCUGAAUCGAGCAGCACCCUGCGUCUUGGUUGGUUCCUGUUUACCGCGGUCUGGUCCUCUUUUUUCGUGUUCUUCGCUUCCCGUACCCGUGAUGUUGUUGCUUGAUGCAUUUGAGGCGUGGUUUUCUCGGAGUUGGAUGAGGAGGUCGACGAGCACCGAAGCUUCAUGGUUGGUCUCCGUUCGCCUCUCUCCCAUCGGAGCACGUUGAUCUUGACGGUUCCUGGCGCGACCAAUGCGUGCGCGAGAAGUUAGACGCCAUGAAUUCGUUUCUCUUCUCUGCUUUGUUUUUUUUUUUGGCUCCUGUUUUGCAGUUGGUGUGUUGCGGAGGUGUCAGUUUCUGAAUUUGUAUAAACCAAAUGCCCUCUUCUUAUUCUUUUUGCUGUUCCUGAUGCAAUCUGCCCGUCUUCCUUACGUAUUGAUCAAGUAGAACGGCGCCUCGUUCUCUUCUCGAAUUUUAAGGCGUUUCGGAAUCCGAAAUUUGCUAAGAUUUUACCUGGCCGUGAUCAUUUUUUUCCUCCUGUUCUUGGCUUCCCUUUCCCGUGUUGUUGUUGCUUGAUGCUUUUGAAGUUGGGUGUGUGAGUUUCUUGGAGGAGGUUGAAGAGCACGGAAGCUUCAUGGUGAUCUCGUUCGCCUCUCCUCGGAACAUCAAAGCAAGUUCCGCUAUGGGUAACAGCCUUCCUGUAGAAUCGAAGUUCACUUUUGAAGAAGAGAAUGACAGAAUUAAGUAUGUUGUGUCGUCUAUGCAAGGAUGGGGUGAGAAAAUGGAAGAUGCUCAUGCAGCUAUUCUAAAUCUUGAUGAUGCCACGUCCACGUCUUUCUUUGGUGUUUAUGAUGGCCAUGGAGGAGCUGAAGUAGCAUUGUAUUGCGCAAAACAAUUUCACAUUGAGCUAUGCAAUCAUGAAGACUAUCACAACGAUCUGAUUAAUGCACUGGACAAUGUGUUUUUAAGCAUGGAUGAGAACCUGCAACAGUCCGAUGCUUGGAGAGAGUUAGUUAUUCCUCAUGAUAAUGGAUGUAUGUAUUUUCUCAAGGCUGGUGUCUGUGCUAAGCCUUUCCCACAGGCGACAUAUACUGGGCCAGCGUAUGAAGGGAGCACAGCAUGUGUGGUUGUCAUCAGAGGUAACCAAAUGAUUGUUGGACAUGUUGGUGAUUCUCGUUGCGUACUCUCAAGACAGGGUGGCCUGGCUAUUGAUUUAUCCUUCGAUCACAAACCAUGCACAAGAACUGAGUCUGAAAGAGAGAGAGUUCAAAAUGCAGGAGGGAGAUCUCUUGGACUUAGGUGUGAACAAGUAAUGGGGAAUUAUGUAGUCAAGGAACAAUGGGUCCUCGGUGAUUUUGGGGGAGGUGUAACAAUCUCAAGAUCAAUUGGUGACUUUGCUUUCAAGAAGAACAAAGAUUUAGAUCGUGAAAAACAAAUGCUGGUAUGUGAUCCGGACAUCCUCGCUGAUGACAUAACUGAUGACAUGGAGUUUCUUGUUAUUGCAAGUCAAGGUCUCUGGUCUUGCGUGGACAGUGCGGACGUGGUUUCUUACAUACAUGACCGUUUAUCGGUGGAGGGUGCAGAGCUGCGUGUCAUCUGUGAGGAGGUUGUUGAGUUCGGCUUGGCAUCGGGCGAGAACACUACCGUCAUCCUGGUUCAGUUCAAGCCCGGCGCCUUCCAGUACCAGCUGGUGGAUCCCGCUGGAUUUGGCACUGCCGUCUCUAACAUUGCCAGCACCAGUGCUGCGCCGGCUGGUGCCAGCGACACAAGCGACGAGGGCGUCAUGGCCGACUCCUGCGCCACGGCUGACACCAGCGGCAGUGCCAGGGCUGAGAGCGGCGAGCUCGUCCCCACUCCCAGCGCCAACAACACCGUCACGGAUGAGGUCGAUCCCACUGGCACUGUCGCAGCCGACGACAAGGUCGAUCCCAACUCCAGCGCCAAUGCCGACGCUGACGACGGCGCUCCCAAACCUUCUCUCGGCGCAGUCAUCGAGUCCGACGAGGUCGCCCUCGAUGCCACUGCAACGGGCCAUCAGGUGGCCGUGCGUCAGCAGGAGGAAUUCGACCCAAAGAAGUGUUGGAUCUGCGGAAAAGGCUACAAGAAGAUUCUUCUUGAACCUUCUUCGGCCAGGGCGAGAAACCCACUUCUGGCUCACGCUAAGACGUGUGAGUCGGAAGACAAGAAGGCGAAGAAGAAGAUAACCAAGUAUAUGAUGAAAGCCAACGUCACCAACCAGUAUCAUUGAUACUGUACGUUAACUACUUGCACCUGUACGUUAACUACUUUGCUUUUGGUGAAGUUUUCCUCAUUCUUCUAGCUCUAUGUGAUACGUUUUGGUUUUAAAUCGAUUCAUGCAUUGGAUAAUGGAUGUUGGUGAAAUGAAGGGAGUAAUCAGUCAUAUGGUUGGUUUAAUGGGAAAGUCUAUUUGUGGAUUAAGUA